AUGUCAUUACCUGCAAAAACUACUUUGUUCGCAUGUUUUGAAGUUCUCUUUGACUACAGCCAACGAGCAAGAUGCUACUCUUCUGAUUUUGAUUCCAAAGACCGCCCGCUACUCUGUCUAGGGCAUUUUUCAGGAGACAUAAAAGAUUGCUACUGGCCCCUAAAAAAAUCAAAGGUUUCUUUUAUCCAGAAAUUGAAAUGCCAUCUAGGAAGAGGAAGAGGAAUUGAAAAAAUUAAAAAUAAAAAAACGCAGAGAAAAAAGACAUUUUUUUAA